UGUCAAAAAUGACACAUUGAACAACACGACACAAAAAAAACGCAAGAUAUUUCUUAGCUUUCGAAAAUAUUAAAUUUUUUUGUUUUUUCUAAAUAACUAAAUUAUUUGAAAUGGUGUUUGUGAAAAAUUGGGAAGAUUUCGAGAUUGCAGCCGAAAAUAUGUACAUGGCCAAUCCCAUGGGCUGCCGCUACACCAUGAAAUAUGUGCACACAAAGGGACACAUACUUAUGAAAAUGACCGACAACGUUAAAUGCAUACAAUAUAAAGCCGAAAACAUGCCCGAUGUAAAGAAAAUUGAGAAAUUCACCAGCAAUCUAAUGGGUCAUAUGGCUUCCAAGGAAUAGGAAGCACAAUAAUAUUCCUCAUAAACAUCUUACUCGUCUAAAUAACUCGGAAAAGUGUUAACGCGUUAAGUCAUGUCUUGAGUUCAGUGUGGGAGCAUGUUUAGUUUAAGGUAUUAAUUAAGGCCGGGAAAGUGGUUACAGAGUAGUUGUAAAUAAUCAUAGUUUAAAUAACAUUUGGUACAGAAAAUGUUAGCUUUGUUAACCACUUUAUUAAAAAUAUGCUCGGAAACACUCUAAACAGGAACAAACAAACAAAAAAAACAAAACCACCAUCUUUUAAAUCUAAAGCAACAUCUAUAAGGAAAUGUUUAUUUUUCUAAUGUUUUUAUAUUGUUUUAUAAGAAAGCGUUUUUCUUAAUUUUUAAUUUAAUGCAUAAUAAUUUUAAUAACUUUUAAUUAAAACAUUUCCAUGAAAUGUGCUUUUUUGUAUUCAGUUUUAUUAUAAAUAUAUGAAAUAUGAACUCAAAAAUUUUGCAAGAAAAAAAAAUAGAAAA